AUUUCUUAACAUUUACCACAGAGCAGAAGUAGAUAACGGGCAUACAGAGCUGAAGCAGAGCUAAAGAACAAGACACAGGCUAGGGAAAUACAACCUUGCCUAACACCAUAAUGAAACUAACAGUUUCUAUUAUAAUCCCAGCUGCGGUUGUCUUCUGCCUCGCGGUGCAGAAAGUCCAGGGCGCAGCUAACGUCCCUGCUGUGUCUCUGCCUCAUCCCCGGCCAGUAUGUGGUCCCGUGUGCGCCAUCUUCUGUGAAUGUGGAAAUAUCCCUGAUGAGAGAGGAUGUCCAACAUGUCGAUGUCGACCUUGUGGACCGCCCAUCUGCCCCUUACGUCGCUGUGCUCGCCCAGUCAAAUGUCUUUAUGGGUUAAAGAAAGUGAAUGGUUGCCCCACGUGCGAGUGCAAUCCUGGCCCUGUCCUUUGUUCAAAGAGUGCAUGUCCUCCCACACUUGCAAUCAAGUGUCAAUAUGGUGUCAAGAUAGUUGAUGGCUGUCCAACAUGUUCCUGCAACCCUCGUCCCGUGUGUCCGAGGCGUCAGUGUUUAAGAGAGUGCAAAAACGGCUACAAAAAGAUCAAUGGUUGUCCAUCUUGUCAGUGCAAUCCAGGCCCUGUCCUUUGCUCAAAGAGUGCAUGUCCUCCCACACUUGCAAUCAAGUGUCAAUAUGGUGUCAAGAUAGUUGAUGGCUGUCCAACAUGUUCCUGCAACCCUCGCCCUGUCCUUUGCUCAAAGAUUGGAUGUCUUCACCCAAUCAAGUGUCAAUAUGGUGUCAAGAAAGUUAAUGGCUGUCCAACAUGUUCCUGCAACCCUCGUCCCGUGUGUCCUAUGCUACGGUGUUCAAGGGAGUGCAAAAACGGCUACAAAAAGAUCAAUGGUUGUCCAUCUUGUCAGUGCAAUCCAGGACCACCCACCUGUCCCAAACUACGCUGUUCUCGGCCACUGAGGUGUCCUAACGGCGUGAAGGAAGUGAAUGGUUGCCCCACGUGUUCCUGCAAGCCACGGCUCUGUCCCAGAGUGUCCAGCAACCAAUGCAGAAGGCGCUGUCUAUUCGGGUAUGCCACCCAAAGACGAAGGGGAUGUCGCACAUGUGUGUGCAGGCGAAGGUCGCGGUUUGCUGACAUUGAAUAGAAAUCCACCCACGUACCAUCACCGUGAAGAGGCAGUGUUACAGAUAUAACCACCAAACCAGUUGGGGAAGAAAAGACUGAGCAACCCUUCACUUGUCAUAUUUUUUAUAUUUUUGCCAUGAACCUUUUAUAUGUUGAAUUUUGUACUCAUUUUACAAUCUUAAUUGCCUACUGACCCUUUCCCUGUUAAUUAUUUUCAUGAAAAAUUCCAAAUAAAGCCUAAGGGAAAUAA